AUAGGUUUUUAGGGAAUAUUUUAGCUAUUUUUUACAAGAAAAUACCUUGAAAUGACAAUAUAAAAGAAAGUGAAAACUUCUAUUAAGAUAAAAUUGAUUAUUAUCAAAAUCGACCUCAAUGAGCAGCGAUAUCCCAAUGAGAAAAAUUACUAAAUUUUUGUACCGAAGAGAAGAGAACCAAGGCUUGAGAAUUGAAGACCAAGUCUUCUAUCAUUUGUCAAAGAAAGUGGAGGAGAAGGCAAAGCAGGAGGGAUUGAGAGUGAAGUUGGACAGAAAAGGGGGGUUAUUGGAGGUGGAGGUCUGGAAGGACUUUGUUGUUGAGGGGAUGGAUGACUUUGAAGAGAUGAGAAGUUAUAAGGAGAAAUUUAAUAGUGGGGGGAAUGAUGGAAUCAAGAUGGAAUAUAAAAGUGUGGAAAAUGAUCAGGAAAAAAUUAAAUUAAGAAUUUCACAAAAGAAGGGUUAUUCUUAUCCUGUUGGUGGUGUUAUAGAGAAUGAAGACUGCCUUUAUAGGCACAUCUGAGACCAAUCUUUUUCUUCUAAAGCCUCAAAAAAUUUCGAAAAUCUAAAAAGAUCAUUCGUAAUUAAAGGCUCCAAAGAAUACGAUGACUUCUCAAAAGUUUUCAUUCUCUCUAACUUUGACUCAAAUUAAAUCCAAAAUAUUGACCCAAUCACCACCCUCCCCAAUAAUAUUUUCAGCAAUUACAAACAAAAAAGAAAGAAAUGUAAAC